AUGAGUUCGAGUGCGGGGUCCAAUCAGGACACGACGCCAGUGUCCCUGUCGGGCUUGAUCUCGACUCUCGCGCCCGUCGCUGUCGUUGCGGGCAUCUACUUCUUGAUCUUCCUCAUCCUGCGCCGCAGCCAGAGGCGUUUCUAUGCGCCUCGUUCCUACAUUGGGAGCUUGCGAGAGACCGAGAGGACACCUGCUUUACCGGGAGGCCUCUUCAAUUGGAUCGGCCACUUUUGGAAGAUUCCCGACAGCUGGGCGCUCCAGACCCAAUCUCUCGAUGCCUUCCUCUACCUUCGCUUCAUCCGCUUGACCGUCGUCAUCUCCUUCGUCGGUUGCUGCAUCACCUGGCCUGUCCUGUUCCCAGUCAAUGCGACUGGCGGUGGCGGUCAGAGCCAGCUGGAUGUCCUGUCCUACUCCAAUAUCAACCAGCAGACCGAGAAGAACCGCUACUUUGCCCAUGCCCUGGUCGCCUGGGUCUUCCUUGGCUUUGUCAUGUAUAUGAUCAUGAGGGAGUGUAUCUACUAUGUCAAUCUCCGCCAGGCUUUCCUAAUCAGCCCCAUGUACUCCGAUCGAGUGUCCUCCCGGACUGUACUGUUCACCUCGGUCCCUGACGACUUCCUGGAGGAGAGAAAGCUGCGCAAGAUCUUUGGAAACUCUGUCCGGCAUGUCUGGAUUACUGGCGACAUCAAGAAGAUUGACGAGCUGGUCGAGAAGCGUGACAAGACGGCUUUCAAGCUGGAGAAGGCCGAGAUCAAGCUUAUCAAGCUUGCCAACAAGAACCGCCUCAAGGCUACCAAGGGUGCUCCCGCCGACGGACAAGAGCAGCAGCCUGCGCUGGACGCCGAAUCAGGUAGCAUCGCUGCUCGCUGGGUUCCCGCCAAGAAGCGGCCCACCCACAGGACUGGUCCCCUCGGGCUCAUUGGAAAAAAGGUUGACUCGAUCGACUGGUGCCGCUCCGAGCUUGCGAGGCUCAUCCCCGAGACGGAAACCGCGCAGGCUGAAUACCGCACCGGCAGUUACAAGAAAAUACCUGCCGUCUUCAUCGAGUUCAGGAGUCAGGCUGAGGCCGAGACUGCCUACCAGGUUCUCGCUCAUCACCAGGCGCUGCAGAUGUCUCCUCGAUACAUUGGAAUCACCCCUCAGGACGUCGUCUGGAAGUCUCUCACAAUUCCUUGGUGGCAAAAAGUCAUCCGUCGAUAUGCUGUUGUCGCCUUCAUCACCGCCCUCGUCAUCUUCUGGGCCGUUCCGGUCGCUGUUGUUGGUGCCAUCAGCAAUGUCAGCUAUCUUGAGCAGAGGUUCUCGUGGUUGAGUUUCCUCAAUAAGGUUCCUUCUGUGAUCAUGGGCGUCAUCACGGCUCUUCUGCCCUCGGUCGCGCUGUCGAUUCUGAUGUCAUUGGUGCCCGUCAUCAUGCGGCUCUGUGCGAAGCUCUCUGGCGAACCGUCGUAUACGCGGGUCGAGUUGUUCACGCAGAAUGCCUACUUCGUGUUUCAGGUUGUCCAGGUCUUCUUGGUCACGACAGUCACAUCUUCAGCAUCGGCCGUUGUCAACGAGAUCAUCUCCACGCCUCAAGAUGCCACCUCGAUCCUCGCCAGCAACUUGCCCAAGGCUUCCAAUUUUUAUAUCUCCUACUUUAUCGUGCAGGGCCUGUCGGUCGCAGCGAGCGUCAUCUCCCAAGCAGUUGGCUUCGUUAUCUUCACACUGCUCUACAAAUUCCUCACCGGCACGCCUCGUGGUCUCUAUAAGAAGUGGGCCUCGCUCAGCGCCAUCUCGUGGGGAAGCACAUUGCCCGUCUACACAUGUAUUACGGUUAUUGCGAUUGUGUACGCCGUCAUUGCUCCUCUCUGCUUGGGAUUCUCGACAAUCGGCAUGGGUCUGUUCUACUUUGCAUGGCGGUACAACGUCCUCUUUGUGACGGACACGAGCAUCGACACCAGAGGUCUAAUCUACCCGCGCGCUGUCAAGCAGCUCUUCACCGGUAUCUACCUGAGCGAGCUGUGCCUCAUUGGCCUCUUUGGUGCAUCGGUGGCUAUCGGCCCACUGGUUCUCAUGAUUGCCUUCACCGUCUUCACGGUCCUCUUCCACAUCAGUCUGAACAGUGCGAUCGACCCACUGCUCUACAACCUUCCCCAGAGCCUUAUGGCCGAAGAGGAAUCCCGCCGUGUCGAUCUGGCCGCGCCAUCCAGUAAUGAGAAGCAGGACGGUGCGAAGAAUGGUGAAACGAAUGGCCACUCGGCCAAUUUGUUCACCAAGUUCUUCAAGCCGUGGAUCUACGCCGACUAUUACACCAUGCAGGGCCUCGUCCCCCGACAUGACAUUGCCUUUGGCUACACCGACCAGAUCGAGGCAGAUGCAUACUACCCGCCCUCUGUCACCUCUUCGGCUCCGCUGCUGUGGAUCCCUCGUGACCAAGCCGGCGUGUCGGCACAAGAGGUUGCCCAGACCAGCAAGGUGAUCCCCAUCACGGACGAGGGCUGCGAGCUGAACGAGAAGAACAAGCUCGUGUGGGACCAGGAUGGUGCCCGACCUCCAGUCUGGGAAGAGAAGAUCUACUACUAG